UUAAGUCGUUUGAACGUAUCUACAAACGGGCACCUUUACUGGAUAGUUGUAUUGUUAUGCUGCAUAUACAGGUCUUUGACAAAUAUUGUUAAAAAUGAUACUUUUUUUGUUAAUACUAGAGACUGCAUUGUACCUAACACUCCUGCCCAACAGAUGGCGCUCUAUCGCACUGUACGUUACUAUGAGACUGACGGACAGGAAGAAGACAGGCAGCUUAGAAAAUAAACAAAAGGCGAGCUUCGAUUAAUAAAUGAUUUUAAUGUUCACGAAACCCAUUUAACCACAAUUUCGCAGUCUUUAAGUUAAGUUAAUCUUUUAGAUCGGCCAUGAAUCCCGACCUAUCGCUGCGUGUGAGCGUAUUCUCCGAACAAGGAGGACGGAAAUACAUGGAGGAUUUAACGGAGGUGAUCGUGGAGCUCGAGCCUACCGACGAUGCAAAGCCGGACCAAGAGCCUGACUCCGAAAGCGACCCGCCUGACUGCACAAACAAGCCGUUUCCCGUAACGGUAACGUGGAGCAACACACUGUCGACUGACGCGAGUGACGGCAUGGAGGAGUCCGGGACUGAACCGGCGGCACCGGACAGCAGGAGAUCGGUCGCCUUCUUCGCCGUGUUCGACGGCCACGGCGGGCGAGAAGCCGCGCUGUUCGCUCGAGAUCACCUCUGGGACUUUCUCAAGAAGCAAAGGGGCUUUUGGUCGAAGGAUUACAGGAAAGUUAGCGCCGCAAUUCGCAAGGGCUUCAUCGCUUGUCAUCAUGCAAUGUGGAAGAAACUACCUGAGUGGCCAAAGACAUUAACUGGCCUCCCCAGCACCUCGGGCACUACAGCCAGUGUGGUGGUCAUCAGAGGGGACCGCAUGUUUGUGGCUCAUGUCGGUGACUCGUCUGUCGUGCUUGGCGUGAGAGAAGAUCCUUCUGAUAAAGUCAUCAAAGCUGUGGAGGUCACGCAAGACCACAAGCCCGAGCUCCCGAAAGAGAAGCAGAGAAUUGAGGGACUGGGAGGCAGUGUUGUGAAAAAGUCUGGAGUGAACCGUGUUGUGUGGAAGAGACCCAGAUUAACCCACAACGGCCCUGUUAGGAGAAGCACCCCGAUCGACCAGAUCCCCUUCCUCGCUGUCGCCAGAGCUCUGGGUGAUCUAUGGAGUUAUGACUUCUACAGUGGAGAGUUUGUGGUAUCUCCAGAACCUGACACCAGUGUGGUGACCCUUGACCCUAGACGGCAUCGGUACAUCAUCGUUGGCAGUGACGGGCUUUGGAACAUGGUGCCGCCUCAAGAGGCAGUGACUGUGUGCCAGAGCCAUGAUGAAGCUGUGGCACCUUUUGGGAUGUCAGUUGCGCGGCGACUAGGAUGUCAUGCAUUGAUGCGAUGGCGUCAGCGGAUGCUCCGUGCAGACAACACUAGCGUCAUAGUUAUCGCGCUGCCUGAGCCUGGCAAACCCCACUUAUCUAUGCACAGAGACGAGGUGAUACUCAGCCUGGCAGAGGGUCCACACUGUGACCCAGCAACAGGGUCCCGAUCCAACACGCCUCUCAUCAAGACUCCAGAUCCAGACCUGUCCUCAGCCAGCAGCGAGUCUUUGCCAGCCCUGGAGAGAAGAAACGGUUUAUCAGGAGUUGAUCUUAGUGCAGAAUCCCCUUUAGAGGAAAACCUCCCUUACAUUGAGCUCAGUGACAGAGCUGCUUUGACUGUGUGCCCCAGCGAGGCCAACCGGACCCCAGAGGUGCCCCUGUCCCCCCCUGAUGUGUGCAGUCCGUUGGGGAAGAGGCCCAGACGCAGCCCUCUCACCCCCAGCAGCUCCCGCCGAAGGACUGAGCGCUCCGUACUCAAACGCAGCAGCACCAAGAGUCCCAAACGCACACCCAAUGUCUCUAUACUACAGCAUCGCAAAGCAACCCUUUGCGCAUGCUAAACUCUUCCGUCGGACUGUUUGCACUAACACAAACUCGGAGACAUGUAAAGAUGGUCAUUCAACCUACAUCCUGCUCUCUGAAAUUCUGCAUGGUCAUCUGAAUAAAUAACUGCUAUUGUUUGUGUCCAUGUUUUGAGUAUGUUCCACUGUUUCUGUUUCGUCUAUUUAUGGAGCGUUCACAUCGUGUCGGAAUUACCGCAAUUACGAGAACUAGUAAAAACGUCUCCGUUGAACUUUGCAAUUCAUGAAAGCUCCAAUUUGACUGUCGUGACGUCAUGUAAAAAGAACCUAAAAGUUACUUUGCACAUAAUUCUGUUUGAUAUGCCAUUUUAUUAUAGCCUGUGUUACCUGAAGCGCUUUCUUUGUUUUUAAACAUUUUGCAAGAAUACUUGGAGGUGAAUUCAUAUUAAUAGUAAGCUGUACAUGGAUCCAUUUUGGCAUUAUGAAUGUUUCUAUAAAAACAGUUUCUCUGAGGACAUGAAAAGCUCAGAGUAGAAUCUUUGAGUUAUCAUCCCAUGAUUACAGUAAAGCCGUCACAAUAUGAAAGCAGCAUUAAUCAAUGAUUU